CACCACCUGACUCUACAAAUUAUUAGGGUUCUUCUUUUACCAAAAUAACAUAAACCAGAACCCAAUCUCACCAUGGACGUCAAUCAAGUGGCUCAGCUACUAAACGACACACUUAGUGUCGAUGUCAACGUCGUUCGCUCAGCAACUGAUGCCCUUGACCGUCUCUCUUUCUUCCCUCGCUUUCCUUCCGCGCUACUCUCCAUUGCCAGUGGAGGUCAGAAUCAAGGGCAAAAAAUUGCUGCAGCCGCAUACUUGAAGAACUUUACAAGGCGAAACAUUGAGAGCAAUGUUUCAUUCUCAAAUAUCAGUAAAGAAUUCAAGGACCAGCUUAUGCAAGCGAUGCUUCAAGCUGAGCCUACAGUUCUGAAAGUUUUAAUUGAAGCAUUUCGGGUUAUUGUUAGUGUGGAGUUCAUGAAGCAGAAUUCUUGGCCUGAACUUGUUCCUGAUCUGCGGACAGCUAUUCAAAAUAGUAACCUAAUUAACAAUGGUGCAAGUUGUGGAUGGAAUACUGUUAAUGCGCUCAUGGUUCUUCAUGCACUUGUUAGACCUUUCCAGUACUUUUUGAAUCCUAAAGUUGCCAAGGAGCCAGUACCACCGCAACUCGAGCUAAUUGCCAAGGAGAUUAUUGUGCCCAUGCUAGCAAUAUUCCCUCGUUUUCUUGAAAAGGUGUUUGCUCCCAGUGGUAGAACAGAACUGGAAUCAGAAAAGAUCCUUCUCAUUGUAUGCAAAUGCAUAUAUUUUUCAGUUAGGUCGUACAUGCCAUCUGCUCUGGCUCCUCACGUGCCUUCAUUUUGUCGUAAUCUGAUUGCGAUUCUGGGUACUUUGAGUUUUGAUGACAGUCUUACUCCAGGAGAUGAUUACUUGCUAAGGUUGAAAACCGGAAAGAGGAGUUUGCUGAUUUUCUGUGCUUUGGUUACCCGGCAUCGGAAGUAUUCUGAUAAGUUAAUGCCAGACAUCACAAACUGUGUUUUACAGAUAGUCAAAUACAGCACAAAAAUCAGUAAGCUUGAUUUCCUGCAAGAGAGGAUCAUAUCAUUAGCUUUUGAUGUGAUUUCACACAUUCUGGAGACAGGCCCCGGAUGGAGAUUAGUUUCACCCCAUUUUUCAUUUUUGUUGGACAAUGCAAUCUUCCCAGCAUUGGUACUAAAUGAGAAGGAUAUUUCAGAAUGGGAAGAAGAUGCAGAUGAGUACAUACGGAAAAAUCUUCCAUCUGAACUUGAAGAAAUUUCCGGAUGGAGGGAAGAUUUAUUUACAGCCAGAAAAAGUGCUAUAAACUUACUGGGUGUUAUUUCAAUGUCAAAGGGACCUCCAAUUGGAGCUUCUGCUAAUGGUUCUUUGGCUCUAUCCAAGCGUAAGAAAAGUGAAAAGAGUAGGAGAAAUAAUCUGCAUCGUUCUAUGGGGGAGUUGCUGGUGCUUCCAUAUCUGUCAAAGUUUCCCGUUCCAUGUGAUGGAAAUGCCUCUGAUUCUAGAAUUCUGAAGGAUUAUUUUGCAGUUCUGAUGGCUUAUGGUGGCCUGCAAGAUUUCCUAAGGGAGCAGAAACCUGAAUUCACAACAAAUCUGGUUCAUAAUCGGGUGCUACCAUUGUAUGCUAUGUCUGUGUGCCUGCCGUACUUGGUUGCCUCAGCGAACUGGGUCCUUGGAGAGCUAGGGUCUUGUCUGCCAGAAGAUAUGAGUGCUGAUAUAUAUUCCUCAUUGCUUAAGGCAUUGACAAUGCCAGAUAAGGGGGACACUUCAUUUUAUCCUGUGCGGGUUUCUGCAGCUGGGGCAAUCAUUGGGAUACUUGAAAAUGACUACCUGCCACCUGAGUGGUAUCCACUUCUUCAAGUUGUAGUUGGAAGUAUUGGUAAUGAAGAUGAAGAGAAUUCCAUUUUAUUUGAGCUUCUCAGUUCUGUGGUGGGGGCUGCAAAUGAAAAUGUUAUAGAUCAUAUUCCUUUUAUCAUUUCAUCGUUGGUUGGUGCAAUCUCAAAGCACAUACAUCCUAAUUCAGAGCCAUGGCCACAAGUUGUUGAGCGGGGCUUUGCGGCAUUAGCACUAAUGGCUCAGUCUUGGGAGAACUUCAUGCCUGAAGAGGUUGAGCAGAGCAAGUCAAGUGAAAAGUGGAAGUCUAGUCAAGCUGCCAUUGCUAAAGCCUUGUCAGCACUCUUGCAACAGGCUUGGCUUGCAUGCAUUCAUCCCUUGGAAGGUGAAGUUUCUACCCCUUUCUCGUGCAUAGACGAUUCUUCAACAUUGCUACGGUCUAUCAUGCUCUCUGUCUCUGCAAGCAAUGCCAUUGGAGAGCUUAAAUUAUCAGAGUUAUUAUUAGUUUGGGCUGAUAUGAUAGCGGACUGGCAUGCUUGGGAAGAAACAGAGGAUUUGUCUAUAUUUGACUGCAUUAAGGAGGUCGUUAGUCUACACAGUACAUACGGGCUCAAGAACUUUGUUGUCAGACAGAUGCCAUCCCCUCCUGCUCCACCUGUGCCCCAGCGGUCAAUAAUUGAAGGCAUUUCUGCCUUUCUAAGUGAGGCCAUUCUACAAUAUCCAUCUGCAACCUGGAGGGCCUGCUCAUGUGUGCAUACACUGUUACUUGUUCCAAAUUACUCCUCUGAAACAGAGAGUGUGAAGCAAUCGUUGGCAGUUGUUUUCACCCGAGCAGCAUUUUCUCAUUUUAGAGCAAUUCAAAGCAAGCCUUGCCCACUUUGGAAGCCUUUGGUGCUUGCUAUAUCAUCAUGCAACCUCUGUUGUCCUGAUAUCGUGGAUGGAAUUUUAAAUAAGGAUGAAGAUGGAGGCUUCACAAUCUGGGCAUCUGCACUGGCUUCUUUCUGUAGUAGCAACUUUGAACCUAGUCUUUGCACAGAGUCUGAGAUUAAGUUAGCUGUAUUAACACUGGCCAAAGUGGUUGAACGGCUUCUAGGAUUAGGGAAUCCAGGGGGCAAUUUGUUACAGGAUUGCUAUGCUUCACUAAUGGAGGCAUCUGUGCGGCUGAAAGAAGUACAGGAAGAAACAGAAAAUGAUGAAGAAGAUGACGAGGCUGAAGAUGAAGAUGAAGAUGAAGAUGAUGAUGAGGAAAGCCAAGAUGAUGAUGAGGAUUCUGAAGGUGAUGAAUGCGAAGAAACUGAAGAAGAGUUUCUGGAAAGGUAUGCUCAAGCAGCUGUUGACUUGGAAAAUAAUACACUUGUUGAAGAAGGAGACGUAGAAGAUCAAGAAUAUGACAUUGAUUUGGGUUCUUUAGAAGAGGUUGACCAACUGAAUGUCGUGGCAUCAUUGAUAGAGAGAUACCACAAUGUUCUCAUGCAAGGACAGGCAUUGCUAUCACAGGAGCUAAUUUCAAAAUUCCGGAAUGCCUUCCCUCAGUACAAUUUUUUUUCCAGUUAUCAAAGUGAGAUGGGGGAUUUUGUAAAAAUUUUCCAGGGCUGACUGUUAGAUGCCCAAAUACUCUUCUCAUUAUUUAAAUUGGCUUGUUUUUAUAUUAUUUUUUGUGUGAGUGUUAUUCACAAAAAAAUAU